AUGUCGAAACAGCUAUGCACCUCUCCUCCCACUGACAGUGCCGCUGUCGCUGAGGGGUCCGCCAUAGCGGCGGCAGGGGCGUUGGACUGGUCGUACGUGCCCCUGCCGCCGCCGACUACCUUCGACUACUUCACGAAGCGCUACUUUCACCAAUUCAGCAUACGUGACUGCAAAAAGGUGAAGGGGAACGACUGCCGCAUUCUCCAACACAGCAACGGCUUGUGUGUGCUCUGCCUUGAUCCCAAUCAUGAACUCGUUCGGCGCUGCGCGGCAGCUGACGCGGGGGUGACGGUAGCCAAGGUGGAGUUCUUCAAGGGUCGCACUGCUAUCAUGCCGGAGAGCAUCCAAGUUGUAGGCAAGAAAAAAAAGAACGCAUUAGUCUUCCAGAAUGACACGAAGGUCUGCAGUAUAGUGCUGUCCGACAUGAUCGAGUACACGAUCCCCGCCUGUGUGAACGGGUACGUGCUCGAACUCAACGCGGCAUUGCUGGAGCAUCCAUGGAUGGUGGCAGUGGCACCUACUGCCGAGGGCUACUUGGCCGUCAUCAAUCCAACCUCCAAGGCAGACUUCAGCAGUUAUGAAAAGGUGUGGACAGCCACUGGCGGUGACGCUGCCGGUGAAGACGAUGACUGA